AUGCAUCGUCUGAAAUAUAUUGGAGAGUUGAGAAAAAAAGUUUCAAGAUCCGAAGUGUUUUCAGGCAUUGAGGAGUUUGAAAAAAAGUUGGAGCAUACCGAAACCAAUAAAGAACCACAACUGGAAAAAGCAUCUGUGCCAGUCAAUGCUAAUACAUCAGUCACCUCAAUAGAAAAACUAGAAAAGGAAAGUUCGAACACAAGAGAUGCCAACUCUUAUCUUAAAAAGAUAAAAGCUAAAAGAAGUGAAGAGCAUGCAAGUAGAAAGGAGAAGGAGCAAAGAAGAAGAAAAGUUCUAAUGGAACAACAACAGGUGUUUAAAGACUUAGAAGAAUCCAGAAGAAGAGAGGUACUACUGGAAAAAUUAAUGAAAAAAUCUAUGGAGGAAAGACAGUUAGCCAAAGAGUUAAACGAAAUUAAACAAUUAAAACAGGUGAUGAAGGAAAAUAGAGAAAUAAGAGAAAAACAAUAUGCUGAAAGAAGAAGAAAAGAUUUUGAAGAGAAGCAAAGAAGAGAAACUGACCUUAUGGAAAAGGAAAAGGAGGAAAGAAAAAUCAAAAAGAGGGAGUUAAUUGAAAAGCACAAACUAUUGUUGGAAGAGAAGUCGAAACAAAAAAGAGAAAAACAUUGGAAUAUUUGCUUUGAGAUUUCUAAUCAGAUCAUUGAUUUAUCAUUUAAAGAAAUUGAAUAUGCUGAAACAACAGAAGGAGAAAAGCCAACAACAGCAGAGAUUCUUGAAUGGAGAAAAAUGUUCGUAAAGGGUGUCUAUGAUGAUGAAUCCACAAAGGAAGAUGAUGCUGAGCUCGAACAGUCUAGAGAAAUGGAACAAAGUCUUCAAACACAUGAAACUGUUGAUUUAGAUGUGAUUGAUAUGGCAGAAUUUAAGGAUUAUUUAUCAUGUAAGGGAGUUUGGAAAGAAUCUUCUGAUGAAACAGAAAAGGUAUCCAACUUUAUCAAAGAUGUAGUCUCAAAACUUCACGAUAAGAUUCAUCCUCUACCUUCACCAAAGACUGAACCUGUUCUCAAGAGCAAAUAUUCAUAUAAUGUAAUUUUGACAGGAAAACCAAUGAGCGGGAAAUCAACUGUUUGCAAAAAAAUAGCAUCUCAACUUUCUCUCUUUCACAUCAAUACAGAGGCUAUUUUAAAAUCACUCCUGGAUGGGGAGAACAAGUCAUCAGAGUAUUCAGAAAUUGCUAAUAGAGCUAGAGCCUGUUUGUUGGAUGGUAGGGAAAUAGAUGAAGAAAUAAUAGUUGACUUGAUAUUAUUGGAGAUAGAAAAAGUUGAAAAAAUAGAAAAUACAACAUACCAAGGGUGGUUGAUAGAAGGUUAUCCAUUGACUCUGGAGGCAGCAAAAAUUUUAGAGAGAAGAAUAUCAGGAUACACACCAUCUGUGGAGGAAUUUGUUGGGACAGAUUCUGAAGUCAAGCUGAACUCUGUUAUUCUAAAUCAAAAUAGUUGCAAGAAGUCUGAUGAAGAGCUUAUGAAGCGUUUAGUACCAUUCCAGGCAUUCACAUCUGUAAUAUUUAUUGAUGUUGAAGAUGAAUUAGUUUUCGAACGAUUGGCAGACCAAAAAGUGGAUCCUCUUACUGGAACUGUUUACCACAUGAUUUACUCACCACCUGAGAGUGUGGACAUUUCUACAAGACUUGUACCAAUUGAUGAACAUGUAAGAUUGGACAAGGCUCAAAUUAAUUCCCAACUGGUUUCGUUUGCUAAAUCAAAGCGUGAACUAAUGAAUUGGUAUAAGAAAUUUGAAAAUGUGUUUGAAGCAAAAGAAAACAGUAUUGAUGAUUUGGUAAAAGAAUGUUCCAAUAUUAUUACUAAUCACAAGAGAGAACCAUUCCAAAACCACAUUCAAACGGAACCAGAAAAUUCAGAAAUAGAGCAAAGUGGUGGACCUGAAAAAAAAGAACUCGAUGUUGAAUUUUGCAAGUUAUUCUUGAGUGAGUGGAUGUCAAUAGAACAAAAUUAUGUGGGCAGCUGCAAAUUGGUGUUUAGGAAUUUGAGAGAUUUUAGAAAGUCAUUCUUUAAGCAAUUUUCAGAUCUCAAAGAGCAAUUCAUGAACUUUUUACUUAGACCAGACGACAAACAAGUGUAUAUCACUCAAUUCCAGAAUGACUUCAACAGAUUACCAUUAGAACUUAGGAGUAAUUCUCAAGUGAAAGAUGAGCUUCAUAGAAGGUCUGAAGAUCUCAAGGAAACUCUUUGGACUCUAUGUGACGAGAAAAAGUUAGAGGCAGAAAAGGAAUUAGAAGAGCACCAGAAAGAAUCAUGGUUAAAAACACACAAAAAAGCUGUCACACGCCAAUACAUGCAACUCAUUCAAUUGGAGCUUAACAGAUUUAUAGAACAGAGCAAGUUUUUAUUUGAUUAUUUUGUUGAACAAUACUUUUCUAACGAUUUAAGCAUUGGUGCAACAAUUGAUCUAAAGAAAACUUUAUCUGCCCCAAUUCUUUCUGUAAAUAUUGAGGAGUUAUUUGUUGAUGUCAUCUCAGGGGCUUCAAACACCAAAUCAACAAACAAAAAGCCAACAAAACCUUCCACGAAUUCCAGCACCAGAUCAAAGAUUGAUCAACAAGACCAAGACCUUAACAUUGAAGAUUGCUUUGAAAGAGCAAAAACUACAUGUGAUACUCUAGAUCUUUUAAUUACACUGCAAAAUUACAUUGAUAAAAACGGGAAAAAGAAAAAGGAGAAAACAAAGGAUCCCUAUGUUGAUAUUCCUUUGGAAGUGAGAGAGUGUAUGGGGAAAGAGAAGGAGAUAUUUUUGAGAAGGAUUACGCUCAUUAAGGAAAGAUGUCUAAAUUCCCUUAAAGACCAACUUGAAUCAAAAUCUAAUCAUAUUUUCGGCACCAUGAGAGAUUGGAUAGGACAACGUUACAGAACCGAUAUGGCAAAUAUUGGUCUCCUUUCCAGAACCAUACAAGAUUUUAUUGAAAAGGAAACUCCUAUAGUUAACGAGAUGAGAAUAGAAGGUAACAAGUGUAUAAUAGAUGAGAGUGUACAGAUGACUAACCCGUUACCAUUGCACUCUACAAGUAGAUCUCAAUUGACUACGCAAGAAGCUCCGGAGACAGUGGUUUCCUUCACUAAAUCAUUCACACCACAUCAAGUAUUUUCAUUAUACGAAAGGCUACAAGCACCAAGUCCUAGCGGAUUUGUUGAGCUAGAAGAGAUUACUACUACACUUUUAAUUCUUAUCGAUUCAACAUUCGGAUCAAUGGAACUGCCAAACCAAUGGUUAGACUAUGACAAUGACAAGGUUAGAGAAAUUACAAAAAGGUUUGAUCCAUUCAAGAAGGGAUAUAUUAAUUGGAGAACAUUUUUAUUAUCUGCUUUAUUUACAUUUUUCCAUCGUCUUCCAACCAUUGAGGAUAUUAGAAAACUCCUUUUAAUAGUUCAUCCGCUUGUGUCAUCUGGAGAAACCAACUUAAAGCAAGAACAAUUUACGGAUCUUUUAAUCAGAUGGAUUGGCGAAACAGGUAUUUCAAGUAAUGAGGAAGAGAUAAUCAAUCAAUUAUUGGAACUCUCACAAAGGGAUUUGAAGUAUUGUCCUAUCUGA